AUGAAAAAGAGAAAAUUAGAAAGAUGUAUUUAUCAAAUAUUAAACAGAUUAAAAAUCUAUGUAAAUAUAUGGAUAAAAAUAAAAAAUGUAAUAAAAUACGUCGUAGGACAUCUUACGUUAAGGAAAAAAUUUAAUGUUAAAACCUAUAGAAAAAGACGAAUAUGCCCAUCUAUGACUUUAGUUCUUGAUUUAGACGAAACAUUAAUAUAUUGUACUAAAAAAAAAAAAUAUAAUCAUCAAAAAGAAGUGGACGUAUUAAUAAAUGGAAAAUAUUUUUCUUUAUAUGUAUGUAAGAGGCCAUAUAUAGAUUUAUUUUUUUCUGUUCUUUAUCCAUUUUAUGAAAUUAUAAUAUUUACUACAGCAAUAAAGUCAUAUGCUGAUACAGUUCUCAAUAUAGUGGAUGUUGAUCAUUACAUUGACAAAAAAUUUUACAGAGAAGAUUGCUUUGAAAUGAACAAAAAAGUUUAUAUAAAAAAUUUAGUAAAUAUUAAAAAAGAAAUUUCGAAAAUUGUUUUAAUUGAUGAUUCAGAUUUAUCAGGUUUAAAAUACCCAGAAAACUUUUUCCCAAUCAAAAAAUGGAGAGGGGAUUUAAAUGAUACUGAAUUGUUAGAUAUAAUUCCUUUUUUUUUAAAUUUAAGAAAAGUACGUGAUAUAAGAUCAAUAUGUUCUUUUAGGUUAAAAACACAAAAUGAAAUUUCCAAAAUGCUGAGUACAGCACCAUUUAAACAAGUAAAAUAUUUGACUGAAGAAAAUUCCAAAACUUUAUAUACGCAUUCAUUAGCUUUUCAAGCAAUUAAUUAUUUAAAAAUUUUUAUGAACAAGUUCAGAUAUGCUAGCUCAAAAAAACAGUGGAAUGAGUUGGGAAAAAAAGUAAAUAGUAAAUUAAAAUCCUAUCCCUAUUCCCUUUCAAAACUUAAGGGAUCAAGUGAUGAUGAACAAAAAAAGAAACAAAGAAAAAAAAAAUAUACACAGGAAAUAACAACACACUUAACAGGUCAGUGA